UUGAAAUUGUGGCAAUUACCUAACAAUGGAUUUAAAAGGGGGGAAAAUGUGUAUUUACUUAUUUAUUUAUUUUCGUUUCUCUGAGUUUUGGGUUAUUAACACACCUUUGUCAUGUAAACAAGCAUACACGUUUGCAGCUCUUAACGCAGGCACUAAUCCACCAUCAAUCACUGGCCCCCAGAUCACCCUCAUCCAUUUGGUGUUAGCAGAAUACAGGAACAUCCUGUCAUCAAAGCGGGGCUGCGCCUCUAUUAUAUCAACCACCACCUUCCCAGGUAGGGAGCUCAGUUCGACCGCUCACCCCACACCACACAACACAAAACAUGACAAAACGAGGUGUGCGCGUCUGGUUGCUCGUGGCUCUCCAUCUCCAUCUCAGGUGCGCGGUGGACGCGCUCGCAUUUCCGCACGAAGGCCUGCAGAGACACUCUAAAGAGGGGAAACCCACCACCACGACGACCAUAUCGGCUCAGGAGAAAUUCGACCGGAUUUUCCACCUGAAGGAGACGCUCCAGAAGCCCCCCUCGCCGCCCCACAAGCAGGCGCCCCAGUUCAUGGUGGAUCUUUUCAACGCCGUGUCCAAGUCCGCGGGCACCCCGCUGUGCCAAAAGGAUAUCCUAAAAGGCAACAUCGUGAGGAGCUUUGAGGAUAAAGGUCAUACGGGAGAGAGGUUUCACUUCUUCAACCUCUCGUCGUUCAGCAGAGACGAGCGGAUGAUCAAAGCGGAAUUCCGAUGGUUCAGGCAGAAACAGAAGCAUUACUUCAAGUCCUUAGGGCCGCACGUAUAUAAGGUGGACGUGUACGAGGUUUUGGAGAGCCGGGUGAGGCCGUGGAGAGGGAACCUCAUCACGACCCGGUUGGUGCCCCUCUACACCCAAGGGUGGGAGGUCUUCAACGUCACUCAAACGGUGUCCAAGUGGAUCGGGGACCGCCAGGAGAACAACGGUAUCCUGGUGGUGACCACCCUUCCGUCAGGCGCCUGGCUGGAGGCCGCGGCCGAGCACCAACGCACCGACCGCAACGCCUACCUGGUGGUGUUCUCCGACGACGCGAGGACGGAGCUCACCGGCAACACAUCCAUCCAUCACGGUCAUGGGAACGCCCCUCCGAGCAACGACCACCACGACAGGAAACGGAGAGCGAUCCCCGCCUUCCUCCGCGGGCGCCCGCAGCCCUGCCAGAGGGUUCCCCUCUUCGUUGACUUCGAGGAAAUUGGUUGGGCGGGCUGGAUCAUAUCCCCGAGGGGCUACAACGCCAACCACUGCAAGGGCUCCUGCCCCUUCCCGCUUGGGGAGAGCCUGCGCGCCACCAACCACGCCACCGUGCAGUCCAUCAUGCACGCACUCAAGCUGUCCGACGACGUGGGCUCCCCCUGCUGCGUGCCGGACAAACUGCAGUCCAUCAGCCUGCUGUACUUCGACGACGAGGAGAACGUGGUUCUGAAGCAGUAUGAUGAUAUGGUGGCGGUGAGCUGCGGGUGUCACUGAACCCCUGGCCCGCUGGGCUCUUUCUGGACUGUAUGGUUGGUUGGCUGGAUGGUGGAUUCACAUCUUUAAGCUAAAUUAUUGUUGGAAAUAAAAAGAAAGCAAUGUAUUUUCGUCAAAACAUGUCUAAUAUUGUCAAAUUGUAUUAUUUUUAGAAAUAAAAGAUAGAA